CUCGUGGGCGUGGGCGGCGGCGGUGGCGGCGGGGGCAACAGCCGGAAUGCGUCGUCGUUCUCUGGCACACCCAUCGUGGCCGAGAUUGCCGAAGCUAACGUCCAAGCAAGACUCCGAAGGCUCGGAUGCAGAGGACACGGCUGCCACGAGCCACGGCAACAGCAGCAGCCGCAGCAGCGGCAGUAGCGGCAGCCACUGCAGCCGCACAGGCAUGGGCGGGGGAUAGCUGGAUCCAAUCGAAAGUAGGAUGGGUAAGAUGGGUUUGUGUGUGCCAUACUGGUGAAGGAUGAUUAACAACGAGUCAGGCGAUGCAUGGUUCAUCAGGUGGUUGCAUCUGCUCCAAAUCAAAAUGACCAGUGUCGCUGUGCAGUCUUUUAGCUGAGUGGAUGCCUGCUUGACUGGCGUUGCGUUCUUUGGUCGGUGACCCUGUAUGUGUUACCGGUACGGGAAGAAACGCACGCAUGCGCCCGCCGGCAACUGGCCCGAUCAGCAUACCGUACGGUACUUGCCCACGGGUCACGGGUUCGCCUGUAAACCCCUUUGGAGUUUCCACCCAUGGAAGCCUGCUGAGAUGCAUUGUAAAAGUUGGCAUGUCUGUGCUUGAUUGAGAGCACGAGCAGGUGGUGUUUGCUGAGUGCGGAAGACGCAGAGUUAAAGCAUGUGGGUAAUGCAUACCGUAUGCAUGUGUGGGCCAGGGCCCGGCCAGGGCCCAGCACUCCAGCAGGCUAGCUGGGCAGCUUCCAAUUUAGCCUCCGGUCAGGGGUGGAAGCCUCCCCUGUCUCAGGCUGUCCGGCCUGCGCCGCGUUCUGCGGGCGCCCUGCGGCCCGGUGUCUGCGCAGUGGGCUGAUGACUAACGCGCAGGGCUGCUCCCCCUGCUAACGUGUGGGAGGUCGCAGGCCAAAAGGAACGGCGAACACCCACAGGUGGCAUCUGCUAUGAGCGAGGAAGUCAGAAACGGCCGCCACCACGCGCUUUGCGCAGGCCUGACUGACUCAUUCGCUUGCUACGAACCUAAACCCUAGACUGACACUGUUGCACGCCUUUACGUCCGAGAGGUAAAAGCUGACAAUGCAACCAUGCGGCAUAGAAGCGCGCGCCAACGCGUCGGCGACGUCAUGGCCUGGAACAUAACGGUUGGGUGCAUUUCCACCGUCUUAGUGA